CCGGGGCUCGGUUGUGGGCGUCCUGCUUCGGAGGCGGCGGCGGUCCUCCAGACCCGGAGCGUUCCUUUACUUUUGGUUUGGUUGACGUUUCACAGUAGAAGCUGCCUCAGGAUGGCUUCGUCACAUUUUGCCGGUCAACAAAGAAAGGAUUUAAGUAUUGACAUGAUUAGAACUAAAAUUGCUCAUGGGAAAUCUUUAUCUCAGAAAGCAAACAGACAUAAGGAAUAUGAACAAAAAAGACACUUUGGUUUGAAAGAUGUCAACAUUCCAACUUUGGAAGGUAGAAAUCUCGAAUUAGAUGAGAUGUCUGAAGAGUUAAUUCCGGAAAAGAUCAGUGUCAAGCCAAGGUCACUGAAAUCUCUUCUAAGUGAUCAACGAAGACAAAUGCUCCAGAAAUACAAGGAAGAAAAACAACUUAAAAAAUUGAAAGAAGACAGAGAGAAAGCUGAACGAGGAGUAUUUAAAGUGGGUCUUUAUAGACCUGAUAAGCCUUAUUUUCUUUUAUCCAUACCACAGUACCAGUCAAAAAAGGUUGGUCAUGGGAGUGAUGUUCGAGCAGCCCAAUCUGGGCAAAGACAAACUUCCGAAAAGAAAGUGGACGGUGAGAGAAAAGCCGGGCAGGCCGCAGCGCCCGCGUCCGCGCGAGUGACGAGGUCAACGACCGCAGCGGCAAAGCGCCCCGGAGCAGCCUCGCCCUCCUGCGCCGGCGCCGCGGCGGCAGCCACGCGCGAUAGCGGGACAGAAAGAAAGGCAGCAAAUCAAGGAAGACCUGCCAAAAAGAUAGAAAAAAAACCUGGAAAGGUCGUUUCUUUUAAAGCUGAUAGUGAAGAAAAUACUUUGGAGUCACAAACCAGUGAGACAAGUGGAAUGGAUAAAAAUGGAGUCUUAUCGAAAAAGGAAAAGUUACCCAAGACAAAUACUGCAAAAAUGAAAGGAAGGCAGUCGUUCGCCCCUGAAGAUUUUGUGUUUCACCCACCAGAUGGUCUGAAGACCUAUCGAUUAACGCCUGUGACUCCCAGAAGUACGAAUUCUUUGACACCCAGAUACACCUGGAGUCCUUUAAAAACAGAAAUUGAUAAGACUCAAGAAGCAACAAAAGAAGUUUUGGCACGGAAAUGUGAAACUUCCUCUGCCCGGACAGUACAUCAAGAUUCAAGUAAAUUACAGUGUCCUUUGGGUUCUCUAACAGCUGGGGAUACAGAGUAUAUCUUAAAUAGAAAUGAAACUACUACUAAAAAUGUAGAUGGCCUUCCAAUAAAAGAAGUCCCAUCACUUGAAGUAAAUGAAGAUCAGAAAUCCCAGUCACAACAUAACGUGCUGUAUUUCAGAAAUAUUCUUCGGUCAGAAACCGAAGAAUUAACCUCUCACUGCCUUGAGUGGGAAAGGAAGCUUGAAUUGGACAUUCCAGAUGAAGCCAAAGGUCUUAUUCGCAUCGCUGUUGGUCAAACAAGACUCCUUAUGAAAGAAAGGUUCAAACAGUUUGAAGGACUGGUGGACGAUUGUGAAUAUAAACGAAGUGAAAAGGAUACCACCUGCGCCGAUCUAGAUGGCUUUUGGGAUAUGGUUCGCUUUCAGAUACAGGAUAUACACCAAAAAUUCAACAAUUUGACCAAACUUGAGGUGUGUGGAUGGGAGAACGAUAAUAAUACAAGCAAAAAAGUCUUUCAGAAACAAGUUGUGUCGGGUCUAGCAAGUAAACCGAAACAGGACGAUGGCGGGAGAAUGGCAGCUAGAAAUCGCCUCGCUGCUGCAAAAAAGGCGAUGAGAGAGAGGGGUCAGCGGAAAGAGCAGGCUGAGGCAGCAGCCUCUGCAGCGCCCAAGGAAGUUGAUCAAAUAGUAUUUGACGGUGGAUUUUUCAGAAUUGAAAGUCCUGUUAAGUCAUUCUCAGCAGUAUUUGAUAAUAAAAAUCUCACUACUGAACGCCAUCUUCUUGAUUCACCACGCCUGAAGUGCAGUAAUCCAUCCACUCAGGUGGAGAGGAGGCAGCAGGAACGUGCCAGACACAUUUCCUUUGCUGGGGACUUGAUUGCCUUUUCACCUUGAAGGCCUCUCAAUAGCAGGCAGCCAGAAGAAUUGUGAAUUAAAGAAAAAAAGCCAAACAUUUUCUUCAUAUUACCCAUGCUGUGGUGUAUUCAUAGGAUACUGAAAAGUUGAAGAAUAUGGAUUUGUGUUCGCUUAUAUUUAAUUCACUAUAUAAGCAUCAUGUAAUGUCUUAAUAUUCAGUGUUCACUAAAGUGUGUUUUAGAUAUGAUACUGUUUUUCAGGGGAAGUGGGGAUAUUUUGUACUUUAUGCAGAAUAAAAAAUGCACUGUG